AGUUUCCAAACUAUCGUCGAGUUAACAACACACAAAAUAAAUUCGCGCAUGCGACCACAAAAUUCUAGUGUAUCCACGAUGUUCAGGUUUCUCCGGUAUCAGACGCUUUUCUCCCAUGCCGAGGAUGCCAUCGCCGAACAUCGAAGCGCAACAUUGUGUCGCGUGAACUUUCCAAAGUUUGUGACGGGUCGUAGUUGAAUAAAUAAACAAACAAAUUAUGAAUACAACAACGAAGUACUGCGAUUUAGCGCGUUUUCAAAAAAAUUACGAGGAGUUACACGGUCCUCUUAGUAUAAUAGUGUGUGUUCUGGGAUCUAUAGCCAACAUAUUGAAUAUCUGUGUUCUAUCUAGGAAAGAAAUGAGAUGUUCGACGAAUCUUAUUUUAACGGGAUUAGCUGUUGCGGAUUUAUUAGUUAUGAUUGAGUAUAUCCCCUUUUCUUACCAUGGUUACUUCGAUUUAGAAAAAAGAAAAUAUGCCAAUUACUUUACCUACAAUUGGGCAAUUUUUAUGAUAUUUCACGCUACUUUUAGUUUGUUAUUUCAUUUCGUUUCUUGUUGUUUGACAGUUAUUUUAGCGCUAUGGAGAUAUUUAACUAUUAAAAAUCCGCCAAUUACAAAGUUUUGGUGUGAUUUACGAAAAACUUUAUUAGUUAUUAUAUUCACUUAUUUAUUAUGUCCAUUGAUUUGUUUUCCUCUGUAUCUAUCGUAUCAGGUUCUUCCGUUAAAUAGAACAACCGAUGUUAAUGAAAAGUUGAUUAAUGUGGAAUCUAAUGAAACCAAGAUUCAUUAUAGUACCAUAUACGUAGUGCAGUACGUGAACGAAUUCUAUUCGAUUUUAGUUUUUUGGUUAUAUACGGUUAUUAUUAAACUAGUUCCGUGCGUACUUUUAACGGUUUUGUCUACAAAGUUGGUUUUGGUUUUAUUGGAAACUAAGAAGAGGAAGAAUCGGUUGUUGCAAAACAGACUUCCAUUAAAUAAUCUCCAAUCUGAUUCGAAGCCGAUGAUCAAUCAUAAAGUUAAAAAAGACAAACAAGCCGAUAGGACUUCUGGUAUGUUAGUGGCUGUGUUGUUAUUGUUUCUGAUUACGGAGUUUCCUCAAGCAAUUUUGGGAUUACUCAGCGCUACGCUGAAGUCUUCUUUCCAUAGCCAGUGCUAUAUACCGUUAGGUGAUUUGUUGGAUAUUUUGGCAUUGACGAAUUCCGGUAUAAACUUCAUCCUCUAUUGUACAAUGUCGAGGCAGUUCCGGCAGACUUUCUACGAAUUUUUCAAAUUAAAAUACCUGAUGAAAUUCAAUCCACUACCCGAACAUCACGGACAUGAAAAAACCGGGGAGAAAGUUACACAAAUAACUGCGCAUGUGUGAAGAAUCUUUUAACUCGCAAAGGACUGAAAAGAAGUGAGAAUUUACAACCCCAAAAAAGCGGAAAAAACAUUCUGUACAUCGAAGACGUUCAAAAUAUUCUAAUUUUACAUUCAAUUAAGUCACAUACAGAGAUAAAAUAGCUAUUGAGUCUAGACUCAAUGUGAGUAUUGUUUGCAAAUGAUGAUAAACCGCAUAGGUAUUAUUUGUAUUCGAAACCAAUUUCGAAAUCUGAGAUAAUAAGGGUGGAAAUAAACCAUUAACAAGAAAUUUGGAAGUAACUACAACAUUUUCUGACCGCAUCUUUCUUUAUUUUAUUCAUACUCAUAUUCGAAUAUUUUUUCAAUCACAUUAUUUCCAUUUUUUUAAUCCUAAUGCAUAGAUUGAAGUAUUGCCGUCCUUUACCGAAUAUAAUCGGGAAUAAUAACAACUCCCCAUUCUUACAAUUUAUGUCGCUCUUUCUCCCUUCUUUCUACUUCCACUAAUUUGAUGGAGGUACCUGGUCAUCCUUCCUUUUUAUCUAGAUAGUACAAUACAUUCACAUCAAUUUUCCCCAAUUCAGUUUUUUUAUGACUUGAAAAUUGAAAAAAGCUUCUCCUUCUCAAGAUUUCUUCUGGUUAUGAUCCAGGUGUUUUCAAAAUCAUGUUUUUCUAGCGUAUUUCGUUAGCUCCCGGUCCACAAUAUUGAAGUGGAUCCACAGCUCUUCGAAUCGUCUUCUAGUAGUACCAUCCAUGAUCUCUUGAAUAUUCUAUUGAUACAAUUUCUGCUAGAUUGACUGAGUCUUGAUUACCAAAAGGCGUUCACUGCUUACCCCAGGCUGAUGUUCUACAAGGCUUGAAGAUUCUUUCAUUGACUCUUGCAGUGUAUUCCCACGCUACAGGUGAAUCCAGCAUGGUAACAAAAAGCAUUGCCCUGAUAAGGCUUCAAUUCGUGUCGUCUUCCAAUGAGUCGUCCUACCUUCUAAGUCAAGUAGACGAGAUCUUUUCUAUGUAGAAUUUUCAUAAAUUUUGUAUGAAUUAUUUUGUGAAAUAAUGGAAAGAAUUCCACUGAUAUCAUUAUUUCGAGAUAAUCGCUCACAAUCUGUUUGUAACAAUCUUUACGGAUUUAGUUAUUUUUCACUGUAAGAGACUUACUACUAAGACACCAUUUUAUGAUUAAUUUAAUUAGGUACAACUGAAAUAUUUUGUGUACUUCUGUUUUUAUGUAAAAAUAAAAUUUUAAAAAAUU